CCCACUCACGGCCUGCCAGGGGGCGCAGCACAGACGCCAUCUUGAGGAGACCCGAUAAACGCAUUGCUCGUCUGGCGGGCGGGCUGAUUGUCUCCGGCUCAUCAUGAGGGGAUAAUUCGCCUCCAUAUAAAACGCCUCCGCGUCGGUUUCAGGUCGCAGGUUUCCAGGGAGGGCGUAGAGGAGCUGCUCCACCGCCGUGGGCUGUUUUUCUUUCUUGAAACGAAGGCGGCUCCGCUGUGGCCCGAUGGCUGGCUAGCUGCUCGGGAGGAGGAAGGGUGGUGUCGGCGCAGAAUGCUCCGCCGCUGACUCCCAACAGCAACACACCGACUCACCGUGGGCUGGACGGCGGCCACGACGCGUCCGUAGAUUCUGUUUACACGUCGUUUUUAAGUUUGCGGUUUUCGUUUAGUCGCGUGAGCCAACAUGUCAUCCAACUGCACCAGCGCAGCGGCCGUCAGCGCCAGCAAAACCAAGACGAAAAAGAAGCAUUUUAUAGGACAGAAAGUCAAGUUAUUCCGUGCAAGCGAGCCCAUUCUCAGCGUAUUAAUGUGGGGUGUCAACCAUACGAUUAACGAGUUAAGUAAUGUGCCUGUACCAGUUAUGUUGAUGCCAGAUGACUUUAAAGCCUACAGUAAGAUCAAAGUGGACAACCACCUAUUUAACAAAGAAAACCUACCGAGUCGCUUUAAAUUCAAAGAGUAUUGUCCCAUGGUGUUCAGGAACCUGAGGGAGCGGUUCUCCAUCGAUGACCAGGACUACCAGAACUCUCUGACACGGAGCGCACCGCUCAACAGCGAUUCCCAGGGUCGGUUUGGGAACCGAUUCCUGACGAGCUACGACCACCGCUUUGUUAUCAAAACAGUUUCCAGUGAAGACAUCGCUGAGAUGCACAACAUCUUAAAGAAGUAUCACCAGUUUAUAGUGGAGUGUCAUGGCAACACGCUGCUGCCUCAGUUCCUGGGGAUGUACAGACUAACGGUGGACGGCGUGGAGACGUACAUGGUGGUGACCCGGAACGUCUUCAGCCACCGCCUCACCGUGCACCGCAAAUACGACCUAAAGGGUUCUACAGUCUCGAGGGAAGCCAGUGACAAAGAGAAGGCUAAAGAACUUCCCACUUUUAAAGACAACGACUUCCUAAAUGAAGGACACAAACUGCAGAUAGGAGACGACAACAAGAAAUAUUUUUUGGAGAAGUUAAAGCGGGAUGUGGAGUUCCUGGCCACCCUGAAGAUCAUGGACUACAGCCUCCUGGUGGGAAUCCACGACGUGGAGCGGGCCGAGCAGGAGGAGAUGGAUGUGGAGGGAACAGGAGAGGAGGAGGAUUUGGAGAACGAUGGGAUGGGAGGAGGAGUGCUGACGGGCUCCUUCGGCACGCCUCCCGACAGUCCCGGGAACCCUCUGAACUGUGGGGGCUUCUUCGGCCCUGGGGAGUUUGACUCCUCCGUGGACGUUUACGCAAUCAAGAGCCACGACGGUGCUGUGAAGAAGGAGGUUUACUUCAUGGCUAUCAUCGACAUCCUCACGCACUACGACGCUAAGAAAAAAGCUGCACAUGCUGCCAAAACUGUGAAACACGGGGCGGGGGCCGAGAUCUCGACAGUGAACCCAGAGCAGUACUCCAAACGAUUCUACGAGUUCAUGUCCAACAUCUUAUCAUAGACUCCAGUCCAGCCGUACUUCUGUCAAAUGCCACUCUGUUACUUCUCCAUGUUGGUCUGUCUCCCUUUAAAAAAACAAAACAAACAAGCAUCUGGUUUGGUCCGGCGGCGGUUUGGAAGGAGGAAAUCAUUGAGCCUGUUACACACCACCACCGUCACCUCACCUUGUGAAACUCCUUUUAUUUUGGAUAUCUGCUCUCCACAACUCCUCAUCCACCUUGUUGCUCCUCACGCCAGCACGAAAACUGUCUCACUAAUGCCUUGAAUGAGCGUCUGAGCUUCAGCAGCCACCAGUUUGUCAGUAGAGUCUCCCCCAUUUUUGUUUUUAUGGUUUCUGUUAGACAAACGGACACAGGACAGCCAGAAUGCAUGACAGUCGCCACCAGGCAUCUCUCUCUCUCUCUCUCUCUCUCUCUCUCUGACAAAAUAAUUCAACGUACUGCUGACAAAUUGGAAAUUAACACAUUAAUAUUUAACGGUGUAUAAAGAAUGCAAUCUCGAAAAUGCAUGGCUGACGUGUUCAUGAGACUACACCAGUUGUAACAUCAAACCACUAAACUUAGUAUCUGAGUGCUGGGACUAAAGCAACAAAAGGACAAAAAGUGUUUGAAUGUUAUGUUGCCAUAAUGUUUCUGAAUAUUUUUAAAAAUUUUACCGUACAUUCAGUGGAAGUUGGUCUAAAAAAAGUCACUUAAAAAGGGGAAUUCUGCAGCAAACACCUGUUUUAUUACCAUAAGGAUAAUUUUUAUAUCUUGUUUACAUUAAUGUAGCAAUUUUGUGUUUGUAUACAGUAUUGUUUUGUUACCUACAGACAUUAGGAAAAAAGGUUACUUGAAAAUGAUUCAUUGCAUAUUAAAGGGAGUUUUAUCUUG